AUGGCUGAACAACUCGCGUCCCCUCGCAUCACCGCCGCCUACCUCGACAGCUUCACAGGCCGCCUCGUGACCAUUGUUGGCAAGGUGACGCAGCUGCGUGGCGACCAGGCCACCAUUGAUGCCGAUGGAAUCGUCACGAUUGCCUUGAACAGGGACGCGCAUCUCGUCAACGGCAAUGCCGUCCAGGUCAUCGGCAAAGUUCAGCCCGACCUUUCUGUCAAGGUCCUGAGCUCGCGAGACCUCGGCCCAGGAGUCGACUUUGGUCUAUGCUCAGCCGUCGUCGAAGCGACGCAUCGACACAAGGACAUCUUUGGCGCCGACGCAUAG